AUUAAACAUCAUCAUACUUACCUAAUUACUAAAACUACCCUUCUUCCCGUCAAUAUACAGAAUAUAAAUGCCGUAAUUGUAAUCAGAAAAACCCUAGCUAAAUAUCUAAGAUUCUCUUUAAUUUAUUCACUCACAAAUCUUGUGCCAGGUACUUGGUGUAAAUUCUUGGAGUUACAAAGUUUUAUUGGAGCUGAUUAGGUUAGUGUGCUAUUUAUACGCUUAAUCAGUAAUAUGAGCUUCGUUUUCUACAUUAGAAUAGACAUCUAGUAAUAUAUAUUAGUAGUGUCGGAGUCAAGGGGAUUCCUCCGCCCCUGGAUAUUAGUAUAUUACAUAUAUGUGUGCGCGCAGUUCUGUUAUGUUAUUUGUUGUUUAUAGAAAGUUAAUUUAGGGAGUAUUAAGCUAUUUUACAUAAAGGGUAGUUGGAUAUAUAGUUUUGGUGAUUUUAUUGGGAAUGAAAUUACUUAGCUUAUUUUUGUUGAGCUAUAUGGAUUGUUUUGAUGAAUACAUAUAUACUUUCCCUUUUUAAUCUAGUUCACACAAAAGGGUAGUUGGAUCUCUAUUUUUGUGAUUACAUCACUUGGUUAUGUUUUCUUAAACAACAUUGCCGCAAGAAAUAAGUUAGACAUGAACUUGGUAUUUGGCAUGGUAUCUAAAUUUUUUUGUAUUGGUAUCUGAGGUUGUUUUAGAUUAUUUUGAGAAUAUAAACUAAUAUAAACUUUAGUGUGCCCAAAUGGUUUAGAUUAGUUUUAGAAUAUAAGCUAUUUUCUUGAAUGUCUUCCAAGUGUAGGAAGUGUCAAAGCCAACUUGGUUAGUGGAUUUUGCCGGUUUCGAAAAAAAGAGCGUUUGAACGCAUUUUUUUCACAUAAAAGUACCUGCUACUGUGUACAGUGUGACAGGUUCUUUUGAUUUAGACACAUAAAAUUUUUAAAUCCAUAGAUUCUGCUAAUUAAGUAUGGUUAUUGAUGCACAAGGAGUGUUGAAGUAGUUUGUAUGAUCAGAACCAGACAUUUGACAUUUAUGCCUAUCAUGGUUGAAUAAUUGCUGCUUACAAUCACUAGUCUGGUUCUUACGUGCCUUGGUUAUUUGUCGGGAUGACUCCAAAGCAGCCAAACACAGGCCUUUCUGUGGGUCUUAACAAAGGACACAUUGUUACUAAGAAAGCAUUGGCUCCACGCCCUUCUGAAAGGAAAGGGAAAACCAGUAAGAGAAUACAUUUUGUUAGAAGCCUUGUCAGAGAAGUAGCUGGUUUUGCACCUUAUGAGAAGAGAAUUACUGAGCUUCUUAAAGUUGGAAAGGACAAACGUGCUCUUAAGGCAGCCAAGAGGAAGCGUGGCACUCACAAGAGAGCAAAGAAGAAGCGUGAAGAAAUGUCCACUGUUCUCCGUAAAACAAGGGCUGCUGGAGGUGGUGAAAAGAAGAAAUGAGUUGCAUGCUAACACCUCUUUAUGAAAUUUUAGGUUCAGAAACUGCUUAGCCAAGAUAUACUAUUUUCUGAAAUUCAAAUAUUAGGGUUUUCAUCAUUUUUAUUGUUGAAAUGCAACUCUCAGAUUUUUGUAAUUUCUGUUUCAGAAUGAGAAUUGUUCGAAAUUUUUAAUGUUUAGAUUUGCAACUCUAUUAUAUGUGAAUUGAAGCUGUACUCAAGUAUAGUUACAUAUUACCAAAAAGGAGCAACUGUAUUUGAUCA